CACACCUAUAAAUACCACUCUUCUCAGUUUAAAAAUAGACUGUGUGUUCUCAGCAGUUGGAACUCCUUUGAGCCGCUGGGGGUGUGAAAGGUUACUUUCACGAUGCCGGAGGUGUCCGCAAAGGGCACUACCAUUUCCAAGAAAGGUUUCAAGAAAGCGGUCACCAAGACUCAGAAGAAGGAGGGUCGGAAACGGAAGAGAUGCCGUAAAGAGAGCUACUCCAUCUACAUCUAUAAAGUGCUGAAGCAGGUGCACCCCGACACGGGCAUCUCGUCCAAGGCCAUGAGCAUCAUGAAUUCCUUUGUGACAGACAUCUUCGAGCGCAUCGCGGGCGAGGCGUCGCGCCUGGCGCAUUACAACAAGCGCUCGACCAUCACGUCCCGGGAGAUCCAGACGGCCGUGCGCCUGCUGCUGCCCGGGGAGCUGGCCAAGCACGCCGUGUCCGAGGGCACCAAGGCGGUCACCAAGUACACCAGCUCCAAGUGAGCGUGGACCUCACCGGAACCCAAAGGCUCUUUUCAGAGCCACCCACCUCUUUGGGCAAGGGAGCUGUGCUUAGUUGCUGGUCCUAGUGCUGCACUUGGGCGCAUGGACGCUUGACUAAAUAGAGCCUGGCCCAGGCUGCAGUUAAGGGACUGUCACUUGACGUCGGAACAGUUUCCAAGUGUGGUUAGGUUUUCAGAGGAGGACCACAUAAUCCCAAAGCCGUUG